UUUAUAAUCACGUACUAUACAUAUUUCUCUUCCUAAACAUCAAAAUGGUUUCUGAAAUUAGACGUUUAUGUAUUAUUAUUUUAACUGCAGUUCAGUGCUUUAGAUUUUUGUAAAUGUCGUAUAGGAAUCGUCGCAGAAUGGAUGGUGACAUGAACCAGAGAGCUGAUAUUGACAGAGUAGCAAGAGCCGCAGGCCAUUUUGCUGGAGCAAUGAUUGAUGAAUUCCGAGAUCGUAACCGACCUUCCUGGUACCCCCGUGGUAGAAACGUUUCCAGUGAACUUGGCGAUAGCAGAGACCCGAGAAACCAUCAAAUGAUGACUGUACCAUUUGUACGGAAGACGGGCCUUCUCAGGCCGAAUAAUAUAAUUUUCAUCUGUGGAGUUCCACACCAAAAGGCAAACAGGUUUACCGUUUACCUACAAAAAGGAAACCGCCAUGAACCUCCAUUAGUCGCCAUGUGUGUUGAUGCCAGAUUUGACUUCGGUGGUGACCGAAACAUUGUUUUACGGAAUCAUAAAGAUGGCGAUUGGGGUCGAGAGGAGAAACAGCUCUCUUAUUUUCCAUUCAGGCCAAAUGAGUCCUUUGAAAUGAUAAUCUUGGUUGAGCGAAACCGUUUUAUGGUUGCCGUAAACAACAAACACAUGCUGGAGUUCAACCAUAGGAUCAGAGCGCUUGGUGAUAUUGAUGCACUGCGCAUUGAUGGUGACGUAACGCUCACCCAGUUCCGGAUUCAGGAUUGAGAAGCAAAUACAGAUAGCACGCUUUAUCAUUUUCGUUACCCAUAUUUGAGAAUGUUGGACCAGAAAAUACGUAGAUGUUGUGAUAUAUAUUAUAAAACUACUCUCUAUGAUUUUCCUUUUAUAUAAAUGUAUGCAAUGUAAUGCAUAUUUCAAGAUAAUUUCUAGGUGAUUCUGAUAUGAAAAUACAGAACUAAUAAAGAAAUACAUGAUAUGUUCUAUUAAAUGAACAUUUGAUUUUUGUUGAGCAAAAUCGUUGUGUAUAAGUUUAGGAUAUAAAUUGAACCCAGCUGACUGUUUAGAAUAUGUAUGUGUAAAAAUCAACAAUGGUUUAUUGUUGAAGCUUUCAUAGUAACAUUUACAAGAUACAAAAGAUAAUAGGUAAAGGUAGAUUUCUCGGAAGCACAGAGCACAAAAAACAAAAAGAUA